GAAGCCGCCGCCCGCGCUGAGCCCCGGCCCGGCCUGCGGCCAGCGCCCGGCGGCAGCAUGAGCCAGGCCGAGCUGUCCACCUGCUCGGCGCCGCAGACGCAGCGCAUCUUCCAGGAGGCCGUGCGCAAGGGCAACACGCAGGAGCUGCAGUCGCUGCUGCAGAACAUGACCAACUGCGAGUUCAACGUGAACUCGUUCGGGCCCGAGGGCCAGACGGCGCUGCACCAGUCGGUCAUCGACGGCAACCUGGAGCUCGUGAAGCUGCUGGUCAAGUUCGGCGCCGACAUCCGCCUGGCCAACCGGGACGGCUGGAGCGCGCUGCACAUCGCCGCGUUCGGCGGCCACCAGGACAUCGUGCUCUAUCUCAUCACCAAGGCCAAGUACGCGGGCAGCGGCCGGUGAUGCCGGCCCGGACCCCGACCCGUGCGCGGGCCCCGCGCGUGUCCUCCCUGCUGUACCUUCCCUCCAACUACCUCGGUGUGCGCCCGGCCCUCGGCGCCCGCGGCCACCACAAGUCCGGCGCGCAAGUCGGUGCCCACGGGAGCCGCGCCCGCCCGCCCGCCCGCGGCCCGGGGUC